AUGGCCUCGAGACGAAAUCGUGAUGUCAUUGAUCGUAUUCGUCGUAUGGAGCGUGGUCAUCUUUCAGAAGAACCACCACCGAGGGAAUCCACAACACAUGAACAAAAGAAAUAUUCAAUAUCGCAGUUGAUAUCAUAUGAGUCUGUGCCAGAGGCAACGAAAGAAUUCUUCGAUGAAUGCAAAGAAUAUUAUCAUCUUACACAAAAGCCGUUGAUAUCGGCUCCUGACGAAAUAUUUCGUAAUGAAAGCGAAUGUACAUCAUCUACAAUGACGAUAGGUGUCGAUAGAGAACCGGAGGAACUCGAUUUGGAUGGAUUUGUCGAAAGUAUUCAACGCAUUUGUAAUUUCAAAGAUGGUCAAAUUCAACCAGUAUCUAUCAAAGUGAAGCCACUACGAGUUGAACUCAAGUUAAACCAACGAGACCAAUCCUUUGCGAUGCCGACAGUCAAAAUAGUUUAUUCAAAAUUGACCGAUGAAACUUUAAAGGAAUUUUACAAGAUGCGUAUAUUUCUUCUUAUUUUGGGAUCAUGCAGGUCGCUGGAGAAGCAGCAAGAAGGUCGUAAAAAACUGAUGAUGGAUGCUCGAUAUAACCGUACCUACGGACCAAAUCACACUUUUUGGAAAGGACCACUUGAUGAUGGAAGGGACCGCGGAAUCGAUUUCAACACGAAAUUUAAAGGUUGGUGCAUUUGUUACCACGGUACUCAAUUCCAGCAUGGAUUAUCUAUUUUACUAAGUGGGCUGAUGCCUGCGAAAGAUGUCGCUCAUGGCCCUGGUAUUUAUACUAGUCCAUCGAUCAUUUAUACAAGUCAUCCAAGAUAUGCAGAAGUUAAAUAUAUCGAUUCGAAAACUAAAUUAGGUUUUCUCAAAUCUAAGCAUUAUAUUCAGUUCGUAUUGGAAUGUCGUGUACAUCCAAAAGACAUUAAAGUAGCGUGUGAAACUCUACUUUUGGGAGACGCUCAGGUUGAUACUAACAUAGAUAACUCGGCAAUUGAAUGGGUGGUUAAUAAUUAUGGAAAAAAAUUGGUGGAUUUUAAUGAUCCAGAAGCCUCUAUCGUUUGUACGGGUGUCAUGGUUCGUAUAACUGAUAGACAUCCGGCCUUGUUGCCGGAAUCUGGUUGGUGGUUUAAAGCAGGCGUACGAAAUAGCAGCGAUGGAUGGAAAGAGUUUUACCAAACACUCGAAUCCUUUGAGACCCAGAGACAAACUGGAGUGGCUUGCAGCAUAAUACUUGAAUAA